CCGGGCUCUGGCAGGGAGGAGGCGGGGGACGCCGGAGCGACAGUCCCGGAGCCCGAAGCGAGCCCGAGAGCCGGCCGCGCGCCCGGCCCAGCUCUCUGCCCAGCAGCGCGUCCCUAAGGGUCCGUUCUCCAGAAGGGGCGGUAAGCGGGCAGCCGGCAGCAUGAGAGCUCAGAUUGAAGUGAUCCCCUGUAAGAUCUGCGGGGACAAGUCUUCGGGGAUCCAUUAUGGUGUCAUCACCUGUGAAGGCUGUAAGGGCUUCUUCCGACGGAGCCAGCAGAACAACGCCAGCUACUCCUGUUCACGCCAACGAAACUGCCCCAUUGACCGCACCAGCCGGAAUCGCUGCCAGCACUGCCGCCUGCAGAAGUGCCUCGCCCUGGGCAUGUCGCGAGAUGCGGUCAAGUUCGGCCGGAUGUCCAAGAAGCAGCGGGACAGCCUCUACGCGGAGGUGCAGCGCCACCAGCAGAACCAGGAGGCCGGCCAGGCCCUGGACGGCGGCGGCCUGCUUCCCAGGGACGGCGCCCACGGGGCCGGCAGUCUCUCGGACCUGGACCACCUCUCGGGCCUGCCGGACGGGCUACUCUUCGACAUGCCGCUCAGCCCGGAAGAGGCAGAAGCCGGUGCGGCGGUCCCCCCCUACUAUACCCUGGAUCUGCUGGGCUCGGCCCAGCCCUCCCCGGAGCCCCCGGGCCUGGAGACACUGUAUGAGAUGGGCCUGGACCCCGGUGUCCUGGUGCACGGCGGAACUCCCGGGAUGCCGUCGGAUCGCGAUAUUGAACGAGUGGCCCAAAAUGUCAUCAGGUCCCACCGGGAGACCUGCCAGUAUACAACAGAAGAGCUGAAGAGGCUAGCCUGGGCCCAGUACACCCAGGAGGAGCUGUGCAGCCUGCAGGCAAAGCCCUGCGAGGUCCUGUGGCAGCAGUGCUCCCUCCAGAUCUCCCAUGCCAUCCAGUUCGUGGUGGAGUUCGCCAAGCGUAUCUGCGGCUUCAUGGAUCUUGAUCAGAAUGACCAGAUCAUCCUCCUCAAAGCAGGUUGCCUGGAAGUGCUGCUGAUCCGCAUGGUUCGGGUCUUCAACCCUUUGAAUAAUACUGUGCUUUUUGACGGCAAAUUUGGUGGGAUGCAGAUGUUCAAGGCUUUGGCCUGUGAUGACUUAAUUGGAGCCAUCUUUGAGCUGGAAAGGGGCCUGUGUCGACUGCAGCUGUCAGACGAGGAAAUUGCUCUGUUCACGGCAGCUGUCCUGUUGUCCCCAGACCGACCCUGGCUUCUUGAAGCGAAGAAGGUCCAGAAUCUCCAGGACCAGGUUUUUCUCGCUUUGCAGCACGAGAUCCAGAAGCAGCCUUCUCCGGAGGACAGGCUGUCCAAGCUGAUCUCCAAGCUGCCCCUGUUGAAGGCCAUCUGCCGCCUCCACCUGGAUAAGCUGGAGUGUUUCCGCCUCCUGCACCCCGAAACAGCCCGCCUCUUCCCCCCUCUCUACAAGGAGGUCUUCAACACGGAGCUCCAGUACAGCGCCCUCCGGGAAAGCUAGAGGCCGCGGGGCCGUCUCCGGGAGGAGGAGAGGGCAGGUGGAUGGAUGCUCCGCGGCUGCGGGGGGCGAGGCCAGAGGUGGGACCUCCGCCCGAGCAGGGAGAGUAAGGGCCGUGGGGAGGGAGAGGCAGGGGGGCGAGGGGGAGCAACCGCUCGCUCCCGGUGCCUCCAUUUCCCCUCCUGACGGUUCGGAGUAGCUGGGGAGGGGAGCAUCCCUUGCUGGAUGUAAGGGGGAUAUGCCCGAGGAGGAGGACCUUGUAAGUGAUGGACAAAGCCGUCCCCUGCCCAAGUUCUCCCGAGAGCGCCGGACGGGGACCCCUAAGUCCCUAGCCCAGGCCUCCCUCCCCACUUGGCAGACGGACAAGGCGAGGAGCCCCAGGUGUCUCGGCCCGGGAGCACCCCCAGACUGGGAACUUCUCUGCGAGAGCCAGGCUUUGUGGGACGUUCUCUGAGUGAGAACAGGCUGACCUAGAUUCACGCGCUGGGAGCUGAGGAUGGAGCCCCGCUGUCCUCCCCCCGAGGCUGUCUGGAACGGGAAGUGGGGAGCGGCCCCCAAGGGAGACAAGAUGGGGCCGCUUGGGGAGCCGGACAUCAGGACCCAUUCCCAGGACUGCGGCUUUAGAGCUGGAAGAGACUUUUAGAGACCAGCGAUUUCACUCUCCUCAUUUUACAGAGGAGUAAAUUGAGGCCCCCGAGAGAGGGAGGGAUCUGCCCGAGUUCAUGUAUGUCACAAAUCUGGGGGCGCGGAUCUGCACCCCAAACCUUUCCCACGUCCAGCACUCCUCCUGUUGUUCUGCACCCUUUCGGACCUUACUUUCUCCCUCAGUGAAAUGGGUGGCCGGGAGCGGACUGACUGGGCGCCUUACUUUGUGAGGAGGCGGUAAGUGCUUUCCGAGUUCAGAGCCGGCGCUCCAUCCAUUUCGCCAUCUACCUGACUAAUUGACUCCUAAAUUCCCUGCCAGCUCCCAGAGCUUAGUUGCUCCUGAUUUCUCUCGUAUGUGUCCUAUGUGUGUGUGAAAAAAUGAAUUUGUUUUAAGACUCAGUUUCUCCAUCCACUCGGUGGUCUCUAGGCUCCCCGAUAUCGGCUCUGGCUUCUGUGAUCUGCUGUAGCUCCCGGUGGCCAAGGAAGCAGGGAAGGGAGGAGUUCUUGUGUUUAGGGGGAGGACUCCGGAUCCAAAGGUCCUUCUUGGGUCCAUUGCUGUUUUCUGCCUCUAAAGGGGGCUCAAGCUCUAAGGAUGGAUGACUUUGUGGAGAUUUUGAGGAGGAAAGGGGAGGGGAGUCAGUCACAGAAUCAUCCCCUGCAGAGUUAGGCUGAGGGGUCCGUUUGGUCUCAUAUCUAAGUUCUCAGGUUCUGGAUCAGUUCUAGAUCAAAGCAAGCCUAGACUAAAAGAAACUUCCUCCUAGUGCAAAGAAGCCCUGGAAGGGACACUACACUGAGUUUAGUGGAACCCUGUGGCCCAUGGGUCAGUCAACAAGACCGGUUCUUUUACAAGUAGAGCAGAACUUGGCCAUAAAAAUAAGAGCAGUGUCCUCUUCCCUAGCCUUCAUCGGAUUCCCAUGAAACUUUGGGAAUAGUUUCUGGAACCAGUGCACAAACCACAUAAUAGAAGCCAUUUCCUUACAUAGGCUUUGAUGAGAUUGGAAUUGUGGUUCAGCAUUGACUCACAGUGUGGCCUUAAAGCCUUUGCCCUUUUUAAGUUCAGUUUCUGGUUGCUAAAAUAAAAUGAAGUUAGUAAUAAUCUGCCCUGCCUAUAUCACAGGGUUGUUCAAUUCGUAAGAUCACAGGCGGAGAGAUGGAAAAGACCUGAGAAGUAGUAAAUUUAUAGAGAGAGAGAUACUCAGAGCACUAAUACCUAAUAACAAAGGCCCCUUGUAGGAGAUGGCAUUUGAGUUGAGACUUUAAAAGAAUUAGGGGUUUAUUAGAGACAGAUAUGAGGAAGGAGAGCAUUCUAAGCAUGAGAAAUGCAAAUGCACGGAGGUGGGAGAUCAGAGGAGAUGAUGGUUGUGGAAAUAUUCCAUUAACCCAUACAGCAAAGUGCUGUGCAAGUAUCUAUUAUUCAUAUUACCAGACCCAGUUUGUUUGUUGUUCCAGUUGGAAUUCCCCAGUUGGAUUCUCCGUUUUAUUCACCAGAAGCAGUUCCCAAAAUCCAGAUCCACCCACAAAGGACAAAGCUUAAUCCAAAGCAUGAAUGUGCCACAGGUUCUGAAGGUCAGGUCUCAGCUGUGACACCAUCAUUGGGGUAUGUCUGGCCCCUCAAUUCAUCACAACUUUGGAGUAUGUGUAAGUUUUUCUCUUUGUAUGUGUAAUAGAAUAUCCAGGCUGGAGAACCCUUAGUACCCAGAAUAUCAGAACUGGGAGGGCCCUUAGAACAUGGAAUAUCAGAGCUGGAAGGGUCCUUGGAACCCAGA